UUGACAAAUUAAAGAGACAGAGAGAGGGGAGGGAGAGAACAAAUUUACAAAAUUAAAGGAAUUGAAGCAGGAGAUAGACUUAUAUCAUCUUCUCUUCUGCUCUGCAAUUCCUUAUUAUUGUUAAUUCUCUACCACCCACCUUUCUCUCUGAAAAAACCAAACCCAUCCAACAAAAAUAUAAUGGCAUUCGCAGGAACAACUCAGAAGUGCUGCGCCUGCGACAAGACCGUGUACCUCGUCGACCGCCUCGCCGCUGACAAACGCAUUUUUCACAAGGCUUGUUUCCGCUGCUACCAUUGCAAGGGCACCCUCAAGCUAAGCAACUUCAACUCCUUCGAGGGUGUCUUGUAUUGCAGGCCUCACUAUGAUCAGCUCUUCAAGAGAACUGGCAGCUUGGACAAGAGUUUCGAUGGAACUCCCAAGACCAAGACAGAUAAACCCAUUGACAGUGAGAAACUGGCUCAAGGAAACAAGAUCUCCAGUAUGUUUGUAGGCACCACGACCAAGUGUCUGGGCUGCAGCAAGACUGUGUAUCCCACCGAGAAGGUUGCGGUUAAUGGGACGGCGUACCAUAAGGCCUGCUUCAAAUGCUCUCAUGGAGGAUGCACGAUAAGCCCAUCAAACUUCAUAGCACACGAGGGGAAGCUGUACUGCAAGCACCACCAUAUCCAGCUCUUCAGGGAGAAAGGCAACUACAGCCAGCUGGAAAACGAGGUCGCCGCAGAAUCGUAAACAACUGCUCGUCUCGCUCAUCUCACUCCAUGCUCACUAUUGUUAAUUGGGACAUUAUAUAUUUGACUUCCUUGAAGCUUUAAUUUUGUCCUUCUGGCAUUGUUGAGAAUGGAGUUUGUUUUUUGUGGUUUAGAUUAAGAAGGUGUGAUUUCAUCUUAGUUAGUGAAAUGUAACAUUUUUGUGUAAUACUUGAAUCUCAAAAUAAUGCAUGUUUUGAGACUUUUGUUGUAAUAUUGUUGUAUAAAGUUAUGAAUAAAUUUGCAAUCAAUUCUUGUAGUGAA